GACGCUCACUGAAAUACUGAACCGCUCAAAUGAGAAAAAGUCGUUUUAUUUUAUGCGUUGGCAGCUACCCUAUUGGAUGUAUAACAUUUACUGUGCAGUGGGCAUGUUUGCUUUUGGAGCAGCCUGCUCUCAGCUGACGACUGACGUUAUGAAGUACACAAUUGGAAGACUGAGGCCACAUUUCUAUACAGUGUGUUUGCCAAAUGUAAACUGCUCUUUACCCCAGAACCAACACGUAUACCAUACGAAUUUUGAAUGCACCAAUCCUUCGUAUAUAUUUAACAAAAGAGUCAUGAAAGAACUAAGGUUAUCCUUUCCCUCAGGACAUUCAUCAUUUUCGAUGUACACUAUGGUUUAUUUUGCGAUAUACCUGCAAAAACGAAUGACAUGGGACGGAUCGAAACUUCUGAGACACACUCUGCAAUUUCUCGCGGUGUUGUCGUCAGUUUUUACCGCAAUGACCAGGGUUUCGGACUACAAACAUCACUGGAGCGAUGUCUUGGCAGGUUUAUCUCUUGGGACCAUCGUAGCGUGCAUCGUGGGACGAUGCUUUUCCAAUUUAUUUGCAAGAAAUCGACAAACCGAAGCUCCAGAACAUUCUGAAUUGACCAAUCACAACGGGCACAGCGAUUUGAAUACGGCUAUACGAGUAUAAACGAAGUAGGAAUUGUCUUAGUUAAAUUAUUUUAAGAAAUGAAAGUGUUAAACAGGUAUUUUAUAGUAGCAAAGAAUAUCUUAACCAAACCAAACCAAAACUAUAAUAUUCUUUGAUAGUAGCUAUAUAAGUGCCUACUCUAUAUAAUUGCUGACAGUAGUAAAACAAAGAGUCAAUGAUAAUGUGUCCAGUUUUCUUGCUUGAAACUUGAAAGAGCUCACUAAUUAUCACGAACCACCAUGGUCUUUGUCUAUAGCAUUCUACAGUAUGUCCCCGGAUUGUCUUUACAAGAGGAAAAACUUUUUAUUA